UACAUAGGAAUAUAAUAUUUGAGUAACAAAGGCAACGUUUUACAAUAUUUCAGGUGGAUCAGGUAUAUAAAAACAUAUUUAGGAAGCAUCCAAACUGUCACUACAUUAUUACAGGAGGCUGAAUCCUAAAUGCAUCAGCGCUUCCUACAGCAGUGCACUACGUAGGGGAUGACGUAAUGGCUUUGUACGGCUCAUCUAGUGCACUAAUGUAUUCUAUAGGGAGCCAUUUGGGACGCAGGUCUAAGUUUGGUCGCUUGUUGAGCAGUGUCAAGAAAGAAGGAAAAGAAAUUAAUCACUGAUGGAUAGAAAGAGGCUGUUUAGAAACACAAAUAAUGCGGGGAGUAAAAUAGUGAUAAAGAAUUAAAUAAGAGGAACUGCUGAGGAUCAGAGUCUAGUCUGCAGUCAUCAUUACAAUCCUGACCUCCUCUCUCUGAGCCGCCUGCAGAAAAUCUGACUUUGACAUGAACGCUGGAGUGGAGUGACGUCUAACAUCUAACAUCUGAUCUCAUAUAAGGCCAUUGAAAAUGAAAGGUGUAGAUGAAUCUGUUUUGAUUUAUUUAGUGUGCGUUCUCAGCUUGGGCUCUGCCGAGGCCUCGGAGGUUUCGUUGGCUGAUGUGAAUGGCACACAGACAGCAGGUGAGGUGGAGGAGGGUAACACACCUGUGGUGCUCACCGCGGCGAGUCAGAUCAUCGCCCGCGAGGGGAACUGCGUCCUGAUCGACUGCAACGUCACUGGAGAGCCUUUCCCUAAGGUGCAGUGGUUCAACUCCCACGGACACCUUUUGGACACCGAGGGAAGCGAGGGAAAAUGGUGGCUUCUGGAGAACGGGGUCCUCAAUAUCACCAGCAUCACGUUUGCAGACCGUGGCAAGUACACCUGCAUGGCUUCUAAUGUUCACGGCGUGGCCAACUGUACGGUCACGGUGCGUGUGGUCUUCACCAACGGAGACAUGGGCGUGUACUACAUGGUCGUGUGUCUGGUGACUUUCACCAUCAUCAUGGUGUUGAACGUGACUCGGCUCUGCAUGAUGAGCAGUCACCUGAAGAAAACCGAGAAGGCCAUCAACGAGUUUUUCCGCACUGAGGGAGCAGAAAAGCUCCAGAAGGCAUUUGAAAUCGCAAAGCGCAUCCCCAUCAUCACGUCAGCCAAAACGCUGGAGCUGGCCAAAGUCACGCAGUUUAAGACCAUGGAGUUUGCACGUUACAUUGAGGAGCUGGCACGCAGCAUCCCUCUCCCGCCGUUGAUCAUGAACUGCCGUACUUUCAUGGAGGAGAUCCUGGAGGUGGUGGGAGUCGAGGAAAUGAGGCACACCUUUGUUCGGCAGGCGCCCGAAGGUCAAGAAGGCACUUCUCGUGCUGCUGGUGGGGCUGCCAGUAAUGUUUUCACCAUUCUGCAGGUUCGAGACCGAGCAAGAGACAGGGAGAGAAGCGGAUCUCCUACAGCGGAUUCAGAUGACGCUUCACUGCACGAGCAGCCUCAACACAUUGCCAUUCAGGUCUCCGUUCACCCACCACUCGGUGAAGUAGGCUGCAGUGUCGAGGCUCCGCCCCUCACAGAUACGGAUGCCUGUCCCACUCCUUCAGCUCAGGUGAGUGUGGAGGCGGAGCCUGGAGAACAGGAGAUAAAGGUGGAGAUGGAGCCAGAGCAAGAAGCAGGAACAUCUUCAACAAGCCAGGUCAUCUAUGAAAGUCACGUGUAAUCUCCUAGAAACAGGAUGAUUCUCUUGCUAUGCACUUCACUAAUUAAAAAAAACAUCAGCGUGUUUUGUCUCAAACUGUUACAUGUUCACAAUUAUUCAUCUCAAGAGAACACAGACAUUUAAGUUUCCUUUUCCCAAGAUGAUUCAUGUUGAAUGUAUUUUGGGAGAAUGUAUCAAGUGCUGGUUUUAUAUUUAUGACUCUAGUAGAAACUAGGGCUAAUCUUGGACAAAUGGCUCUACAGGGCUGCUCCAGAUGUACAUGUAGAUUGACCAUUUCAUAAUCUGCUGAUUGAUGACAUAACUAAACAUUUCAGGUGUAGCGUAUUCAUCAUCACUGAAACUGUAAUGAGAGUGGGACUCCGUAUGAGUCACUUUCUGUUUAAUGCAUGAGAAACGUUGAGUUCUGAGGUUUUUCUCUAAAUGUUAUCCACUGGGCAGGACACUGAAGACGAUAUUCUCUUUCUGUAUUUACAGGGGAAUAAUUACUCUUUACACUGAACCAUCGCUGUAGUCCUUAUUUAAUAUAAUAAGUAUUAGUGGUUUUACUUUACGAAAUGUGUUUUUCUUUUAGCUCAAAUGCUCUUGUUUGGUUUUCCUUUUCAUUACAUCUGUCUUUUCACUUUUAGGGUUGCAGAUGAUUCUACAUUUAUUCCUUCACUAGAAACAUCAGCAUGCUUCCUAAAAUGUUAAUUUUGCAGUCUUAAAUCUCUAAUUUAAUUUCACUUUCAUUGUAGCCUCAAAAGCAUUUCAAUCCUCACUGCUUGUAAAAGAAAUAUUGAGCUGUGAAGAAAACUGAGAGAGAUGAGUGGGCAUUUGGAUUUCUCCCCUCAUCCGGUGCUCUUAGGUUUGUGUGUGUUUUUUUUUCUUUUUAAGAAAAUAAAAGGCUGCUGUGUCAUUCUCA